UUUCCAUGUUGGGUUUUUAAACUAGCGCCCAAGACUCCCAUUCACUCCUUGAAGGAGAGCGCUCCUUGUCCCAGAAUCGCCCAGAAUGCACCGCAUUGACGUAGCGUGGCCAACGUUUCCCAUUUCCUCAAAAGUAUAUCUGCCGUUGCGAAUGUUAGCGGCACAUCUAUCUGUAGGUUGAAUAUGGGUUUGCUGUCAAUCCUUCGAAAGCUAAAGAGCACACCUGAUCAGGAGGUUCGGAUCUUGUUGUUGGGUUUGGACAACGGAGGAAAGACCACGCUACUGAAACAACUGGCCUCUGAGGACAUCAGUCACAUCACUCCCACACAGGGCUUCAACAUAAAGAGUGUUCAGUCUCAGGGUUUUAAGCUGAAUGUGUGGGACAUCGGGGGACAGAGGAAGAUCAGGCCCUACUGGAGAAAUUACUUUGAGAACACUGAUGUGCUGAUUUACGUCAUCGACAGUGCGGACAGAAAAAGAUUUGAAGAGACGGGACAGGAGCUGGCUGAGCUAUUGGAUGAGGAGAAGCUGAGUGGGGUUCCAGUGCUGAUCUUUGCCAACAAGCAAGACCUGCUGACGGCUGCCCCAGCUUCUGAGAUUGCUGAGGGACUCAACCUGCACACUAUCCGGGACCGCGUCUGGCAGAUCCAGUCCUGCUCCGCCCUCACUGGAGAGGGUGUACAGGAUGGAAUGAACUGGGUCUGCAAGAGUGUCAAUGCUAAGAAGAAGUAGCACAGCUGUCUGCUUUCUCAUACACACACACACACCCUAAGCCUGUGGGAGGACGGGUUGUACUUGUGAAUGUACACACUAAACAUGGACUUGAAGAAAGUUUUUAACUGCCUUGCUGGUCAAUACACAUUGUUUACUAAACUACAUUUCUCGCGAGAACUACAACUUCCAUUGUUGCUCUUCAAAAUGGAGUAUUUGUAUUUGGGGGUACAAAGGGAAGGAAACCCAUGUCUUAUAUUAUAUUAUUAUAUAUUCCACUCCAAAGCAUAACAGGAGUGGCAAGGAGUGGAAUGAUAUCAAAACAGACUGUUACCCAGACUACCUCUCUCCCCCUCUCAUUCAAUCUUUCUUUCCUCUCUUUCCAUAUUUUUCUUAUUUGUACAGUUUGCUCAGUUUUUUAUUCCAUGCUCCAAGCUCUUUUCUCACUGCAGUUCUGUUGGAAGUAGGGUAUAUUUUUGUAAUUCUCUAUUUAUGGUGAAGUAGAGGGUAAUUUGCUUACAAAUAAUAGAUACGGUGUGUGGUUACUGGUUUACUAGGAUGACAGGGCAACAUUGUAUACUGUGCUUUACUCCCCUGUGAAAAGGUUACGUGUGUUAAUAUGUAGAUUUAAAAAACACACACACAAAAACACUAUAGGACAACUCUGAAAUGGCACUCUGUUCCCUAAAUAAUUAACUAGAGUAGACCACAGCCCAUAUGAGUAGAGCCCUAUCUAGUGAAUACUGUGCCAUUUUGGACAGAACCUAAUAAAUAAAAUAGAAAAAUACUACAUUUUUGAUGAUCAAUUGUAUAUAACUCGCCCCCAUGUUUUUUUAUUUUACCUUUAUUUAACUAGGCAAGUCAGUUAAGAACAAAUUAUUAUUUUCAGUGACGGCCUAGGAACAGUGGGUUAACUGCCUUGUUCAGGGCCAGAACGACAGAUUUUUACCUUGUCAGCUCGGGGUUUUGAUCUUGCAACCUUUCGGUUACAUGUCUAACACUCUAACCACUAGGCUACCUGCCACCCCUAUUCAUAUGUUAUGUGCAUGCAGUAGAGUAUAUAUUACACCUGUACUAUGUAAUCUAUUGUAUUUGCAUAUGUAGAUCAGUGGAGGCUGGUGGGAGGAGCUAUAGGAUAGACUGGAAUGGAAUAAUUGGAACGGUAUCAAACAUGGAAACCACAUGUUUGACUCUGUUCCGGUCAUUCCAUUCCAGUCAUUACAAUGAGCCUGUACUCCUAUAACUCCUCCCACCAGCCUCCAAUGGUGUUGAUAGAUUUGAACAGGGAUAAAUGACCUGUGUAUUUCUCAAGUGUUUCAUUGUCUUGGGUUUUAGAGGGCAUUUAAACAAGGCUCUUUCCUUUUAAUAUUCUUGAAUGUGAUCUGUCCAAGGAUUGAAGGUCUGUGAAUAAAAUGUGAUGGGGAAAAAUUGCAUUGUUUUCUGAGCUGGCUGUCGUGGUAGUAAAAAGAGGACCAGCCAACACACACACACACACAUUUCUGUGUGAUGAGCUAUGGAGGACACCACUUUACCUGUUCGCUGCCUAUACCCUUGAAUAUUUGCCAGUCUUUGUAAAGGGCUCUGGUGCGGGGUCUCUCCAUCUCCAAAACACUAGCGUCUCACACACACAGGUGGGGUCACAGACCAACCUCGCCUCACACAGGUGGGGUCAGCUGGUUUUGACAUUGAAAACGCUGUGUGUGUGUGUGUGUGGCAGCCUUCCGCCACAGUCGACUCCUACAGGCCUAUGUUUAACUACUAGUCAGACCACAGCUGUUCCGUGGUUGGUUCAGGCCUGCUGCACAUAGUUGUGAGGGUGUUGCAUCUGCUACAGGGGAGAAAACACUGGCCAUAAAACACUGACAUCCAGCUGUGUGCAUGUGAGAGAGCAAUGCAUUCUGAGGGCUUGUGGCUGUGGGACUAUAAAAGGUCUCUGUGCUUUUACAAAGACCCAUUGUAAAACACUUUCUCUCUCGAUUCCUACUUGGGCCAGGCACUAUCUGAAUAUAUAUAUGCUGCUAACUGUAUGUGACUUUGGCUCAAAGUGUCUGUUAAACUAGGUAUUUAUGCUCAGACGUUAAGAUCAAAGUGUAGAUGUCUUUAAAUCUCUGGGCACAGACCGAGAGGCUACGUCCCAAAUGCAUCCUAUUUCCUACACAGUGCACUUACAGCCAUUUGGGCCCUGGUCAAAAGUGGUGCACUACAUAGGUAAUAGGGUGUAAUUUGCUGCCCAUGUCCGUUAAUGUUGAUGAUGUGGUUGUUACUGACAAGAAGCACAUGGCUGAGCUCUUUAAUCAGCACUUCAUUAAGUCAGGAUUCCUAUUUGACUCAGCCAUGCCUCCUUGCCCGUCCAACAUUUACUAAUCUCUUCUAAUGCAACUUUAAAGGGGGAGAUCAAGCUGAUCCAAACUGUUACAGGCCUAUUUCUAUUUUGCCCUGUUUAUCAAAAGUGUUGGGAAAUCUUUCUUGCUGUCUAUAGUAUUCUCUCUGGUAGGCAAUCUGGUUUCUGCUCAGGUUAUGUAUGUCACUGCAACCUUAAAGUUCCUCAAUGAUGUCACCAUUGCCCUUGAUUCUAAGCAAUGUUGUGCUGCUAUUUUUAUUGACUUGACCAACGCUUUUGAUACGGUAGACCAUGCCAUUCUUGUGGGCCGGCUAAGGAGUAUUGGUGUCUCUGAGGGGUCUUUGGCCUGGUUUGCUAACUACCUCUCUCAAAGAGUGCAGUGUAUAAAGCCAGAACAUCUGCUGUCUCAGCCACUGCCUGUCACCAAGGGAGUACCCCAAGGCUCAAUCCUAGGCCCCCGCUCUUCUCAAUUUACAUCAACAACAUAGCUCAGGCAUUAAGAAGCCCUCUCAUCCAUUUAUAUGCAGAUGAUAGUCUUAUACUCAGCUGGCCCCUACCUGGAUGUUGUGUUAAACGCUCUACAACAAAGCUUUCUUCGUGUCCAACAAGCUUUCUCUGCCAUUAACCCUGUUCUGAACACCUCCAAAACAAAGGUUGUGGUUUGGUAAGAAGAAUACCCCUCUCCCCACAGGUGUGAUUACUACUUCUGAGGGUUUAGAGCUUGAGGUAGUCACCUCAUACAAGUACUUGGGAGUAUGGCUAGAUGGUACACUGUCCUUCUCUCAGCACAUAUCAAAGCUGCAAGCUGAAGUUAAAUCUAGAUUUGGUUUCCUCUAUUGUAAUCGCUCCUCUUUCACCCCAGCUGCCAAACUAACCCUGAUUCAGAUGACCAUACUACCCAUUCUAGAUAACAAAGAUGUAAUUUAUAAUUCGGCAGGUAAGGGUGCUCUCGAGUAGCUAGAUGUUCUU